AAUAUUGUAGUCCAGUCAAUUGACCUCAGAUGCCGAAGAAUCCAUUUGCUGUUGUUAGCUAAGCUGCUGAAAGUUGUGUAACAAGUACAAACAAAAGGACACUGCUGCUGGGAGGACUCGCUUAUUUAAGUUGUUUAGAGGGCCUCCCCCUACACGUCAAAUCCCGAAAUCCUAUUUGUGAAUUGUCACUCUGCAAAUAUGUUUUCACUGUCAGCGUCGUUUCAGCCCCAGCAGAUGAUAGUGCCCCUCAGCCAGCUCAUCAAUGCCCUCCAAUCGCUGAAGACCUCAGCCACAGCUUCAAUCCAGACCCUGCAACAAGGCUUCAUUCCAGAGCACAGUUCAUAUCUGAAAGAGCCCAGUGUGAGGGACCUCGGCCUGUCAGAGAUCAGGGGAAGUCAGCUGGAUGAGCUGCUCAGCAGGUUGCUGCCUAUUCCCGCACCAGAAGAACCUCCCAUUGUCCCCUCAGCAUGGAGGUCGAGCCACGUUUCUGCAGACAGCUUCUUUCAAAACAAACAUGGGUUCUCACACAGGACGUUGGGGGUCUUUGGCUGCCCAAUAUUCCACAGACAGCACCACAGUCCUUUAAAAGCAGCUUGCUCAGAGCUACAAUUCUUGCCUGUAUUGGUCCAGAGUCGGGGCUUCAAGACUUUUAGACCAACGACCAGGCGAACAGAGUAUGACGGUCCGGUGGAAUCUGAGCCCUACACACCAGCUUUCAUGAAGGGAUUGCUUCAGCGGGAAAAAGGACCAGAAUCACUGGACGAAGUGCUGAAGCAGAAGAACCUUCCAGAGAACCAGCAGGAAGCUUUCAAGACGGGUUUCAGUGAGGGCUUCAUGAGAUCUCAGGCCUUCACUCAGAGAACACAAGACUCGCUGAGGAGAACCAGGUUGAUCCUUAUUGCCCUGCUUCUUGUUGGGAUUUAUGGCUUGUCGAGAUCCCCGUUUCUCUCGGGUAAAGGCUCCUUUUCUGAUGCUGUGAGGUUCCGCACUACAUCUGGUAUUGACUCUGCACUCGACCCCGUCCAGGUGAAGAAUGUGACAUUUGAGCAUGUCAAAGGAGUGGAGGAGGCCAAGAAUGAAUUACAAGAAGUUGUGGAGUUUCUCAAGAACCCCCAGAAGUUCACCGUUCUGGGUGGAAAGCUGCCUAAAGGGAUCCUCCUUAUUGGUCCUCCAGGCACCGGAAAGACUCUGUUAGCGCGCGCCAUCGCUGGGGAGGCUGAUGUUCCUUUCUACUACGCCUCCGGGUCAGAGUUUGAUGAAAUGUUUGUGGGGGUCGGUGCGAGUCGUAUCAGGAACCUCUUCAAAGAGGCAAAAGCAAAUGCUCCCUGUGUCAUCUUCAUCGAUGAGUUGGACAGCGUUGGAGGAAAGAGGAUCGAGUCUCCGAUGCAUCCUUAUUCUAGACAAACCAUCAACCAGCUGCUGGCUGAAAUGGAUGGGUUCAAACCAAAUGAAGGUGUGAUCGUUGUUGGUGCUACAAACUUUGCAGAAGCUUUGGAUAGCGCUCUGAUAAGGCCAGGAAGAUUUGACAUGCAGGUGACGGUCCCUCGCCCCGAUGUGAAAGGACGCACGGAAAUUCUCAACUGGUACUUCUCCAAGAUCAAAGUGGACCCUGCCGUGGAAGCAGGAAUCAUUGCCAGGGGGACCGUGGGAUUCACCGGGGCCGAGCUGGAGAACCUGGUGAACCAGGCCGCCCUAAAGGCAGCCGUGGACGAGAAAGAGAUGGUCACAAUGACAGAUCUGGAGUUUGCUAAGGACAAGAUCCUCAUGGGCCCUGAGAGGAGGAGUGUUGACAUCGACAAGAAGAAUAAGACCAUCACAGCCUACCAUGAGUCCGGCCAUGCUAUUGUAGCCUAUUACACCAAAGACGCAAUGCCCAUCAAUAAAGCCACCAUCAUGCCCAGAGGCCCAACUCUUGGCCAUGUGUCCAUGCUCCCAGAGGAUGACCGCUGGAGUGAGACCAGAGCCCAGCUGCUGGCUCAGAUGGAUGUGAGCAUGGGGGGCCGAGUAGCAGAGGAGCUGAUCUUCGGAGAUGACAACAUCACUACUGGAGCCUCCAGUGACUUUGAUGGAGCGACCAAAAUAGCCAAAAUGAUGGUGACCAGGUUCGGCAUGAGUGACAAGCUUGGGGUGAUGACCUACAAGGACGUGACCAAGCAGAGCCCCGCGACACAAGCAGCCAUCGAACAGGAAGUCAGGGUUUUACUGCAUGACUCUUACGCACGUGCUAAAUCCCUCCUGAAGACGUACAGUGAGGAGCACAAGAAGCUAGCGGACGCCCUGCUAGCACAUGAGACUCUGGAUGCCAAAGAGAUCAAGAUGUUGCUUGGGGACAAAUCACUAGACCUCCCGAUACCUCAGUAGAUAUUUUAGAAAAUCUUGUAUUAUGUAUAUAUGAAGCUGUGCAAUUGCGCACUGGCCUUUUGGAGGCCUUGUAUUUCAUUUGUUUGAAUCCCUCUUAUUAUAGAUGUGAAGAUGUUUCACCCCUUAUACAUUUUUAUUUUAUCUUCAUUUCUCUUGCUUUUCCUGUAGAGAAGACUUUUGGUUUCACAGCAAUCUUUUUAAGAAAUCACAGUUUAAUUGGAUGAAAUAAAAAUGGGGUCUCCACGUGUUUGUCCACAGGUUUCGUCAAGGGCUUAUUAUCCUCAACUCCCAAGACAAAAGGCAUCAUUUUAUACAAAUUUGGUAACAUUACGAGGUUAUAGAGCAAGUUGACAAAGGUCAUGGUGCGAUGAAUGCUUUCAUGUAUGUCUAUGUCUCAUACACAUUUGUACAGACAAGUCAACACCAUAGAACCUUAAAAGACCUCAAUCUAGAAUGUACCAAGGUACAGUUGAUUCUGCUGUUCAUAAUAGAGUUCAAUCUCUAGAUUAUGUCUUUCAGUCGCAUCUAUUUUGUUUGUUCCUAUUUAUUUAAGUGCCCAAAAGUUGUUCUCUUUCUGAAAUUAGUAAUAUUCCCUUGUGUGAUUCUAAGCUCACGUGUAGCUGAUAUAGGAGGGGAACUGUGUAUAUAUACUGUCAGCGUGUAAAAGGAUUGCCUUUGUGCUUCUGUUUGUUCUUUUAGACAAAGGCUUUCUUGAAGCUCAAAUAAAGGUUACCCUUACUCAUGAAA